UGUUCUCAGUGAAGCAUAGACAACUCAAGAUGCUGCCAACUUUCUGCGACCCACAGAAAGGUCCACAGACUCUUCCCCCCAGGUUUUUUAUCCUUUUCUGGACCCAAGCAGCCACUCUCACACUCAUGCUAUUCUGUGGAUCAAUUAUUUGGUUUUAAAUCCAGAGCCUCUGACCGGUGCUGUUAGAUUUUGCAGGGUGGAUGGGAACAGGUGUUGUGGCUGUGAGCUCCUGUCACACAUAUCUCUGAGGGAUUCUUCUGCUCUUCUUCCUGCAGGGUGGCUCUGUGUUUUCUCCCUCACUGGUCCAGACUCCCUCCACCUCCAAACGUCUGGCAGUCGAUCUGGCCAAAGAGCUCGGCUGUGUGACCUCUGACCUCACUGACGAUGACACGAUGGCCGCCUGCCUCCGUGCGACGCCCGUUCACAUGCUGAAUGCUGCUCAGACCAAGCUGUUGGCGGUCAGCGGCCCGUUCCAGUCCUGGUCUCCAGUACGUCACUCAGUAUCCCAGUCAUCAUUCCACAGGGUCGACCUGCUGCUGGGAACAUCCGAACACGAUGGUUUGAUCAGCCGAGCUCGCAAAAUAAAGGUCAGAGGUCACACACUCAGAAUACCUGCUCAGUACUGCAAACAGCAAAGCUUCAUGUCUUGAUGAGUAAUCAUAGUGGUGGAAGAUGUUCUCAGAUCCUUGACUCAAGUACCAGUACCACAGUUUAAAAAUAGUCAUUACAAGUAGAUGUCCUGCAUUCAAAGUCCUACUUAAGUAAAAGUACACAGACGUACCAUCAACAAAAGGUACUUAAACCUUGAAGUAUCAGAAGUACUUGUGCAGUAAAAUGUAUGAAUAUGGGCCUGC